AUGGCGUUGAAUGACCUUCGUAAAGACGACACUCUGGGCCUUCAUAUCGAAACGCUCGAUCACCCACUGAAAUCAGACACAUCCCAAGAUGUACCCAUCGAGAACAGGGACUUGAAAGAUCGACGCCUUGUGCGGAGGAUUGACGUUCGGAUGAUGCCCUUGAUGAUGCUACUCUAUAAGUUCAUCCAGAUUUUUCAUAGCGGAGCUCUCACUGACAUGAUCGCGACAGCCCGUCUAGGAAACUUUGAAAAUGACAUCGGUCUGGUUGGAACCCAGUACAAUACCAUUAUCAGUGUCUUCUUCGUUGGAUACAUCCUCACACAGGUUCCCACAAACAUGAUUCUCAACAAGAUGAGACCCAGCAUCUUUCUUCCAGUCGUCAUGUGCUGUUGGGCUGUGGUCAGUGCCUCCACCGGCGCUGUUCAAAACUACAAGGGAGCUGUAGUUCUCCGAUUUCUCCUGGGCUUUGUUGAGGCACCCUUCUUCCCUGGUGCCUUGUACCUCUUCAGCUCGUGGUAUACGAAGAAGGAGCUGGCCGUCCGUAUCUCGGUACUUUAUGCUGCAGGACAGAUGGCAGGUGCUUUCGGUGGCCUUCUGGGCAGCGCCAUCAUGGGAGGCAUGAAUGGAAAGCUGGGCCUCGCAGAUUGGAGAUGGCUUUUCAUCAUUGAGGGCACAAUCCCAAUUCCGGUCGCCAUCGUUACGUAUCUCACACUUCCGGACUAUCCAGCGACUACCAAAUGGCUCACCGAUGAGGAGAGAAAGCUUGCUAUCCUUCGAAUCACCGAAGAAGCAGUCGAAGAAGAUAAUCGAGAAGAAGCAUCAGCGCUGCAAGGUCUGAAGAUGACGUUUACGGAUCCAGCACUCUACAUGAUCUGGCUCAUGCAACUUGGACUCAACACUGCGGCUGCUUUUACCAACUUCUUUCCCACCAUUGUAGCAACACUCGGUUACAACCAAAGAAAUACAUUGCUUCUCUCUGCUCCGCCAUACGUGUUCGCAGCGAUAUUGGGCAUCACAAACUCUUGGCACAGCGACAAGCAUCGUGAGAGAUGGCUGCACAUCGUGUGGCCGCAGGUCUUUUGCAGCGUCGGCUUCAUCAUCUCGGCAACUACUCUCAACGUUGCAGCCCGAUACACGGCGACAUUCAUGAUGAUGAGUGUAUAUGGCUCGUUCGGAUGUAUCUUGUCAUGGGUCUCGACCACACUUCCUCGGCCGGCGACUAAACGAGCUGUAUCAUACGCUGUCGUGAACGCCGGAUCUAACCUGGCUUCUAUUUACGCAAGCUACUUUUACCCAAAGUCCCAUGGCCCGCAGUAUUGGCAGGCAAACAUCAUUAAUGUGGCCUUCUCUGGAAUGUGCAUUCUUCUGGCCACUUCGCUGCACUUCUACCUUCGUUGGCGUAACCGUAAGCUUCGCGUUGCCGGGGACAAGGAUCUUCAGAACGAAGGCACACGCUUGGGAUCACGGUCGACUAAGUUGGGUGAAAAAUGGCAGUGCCACCCUGCCUAUCAGUAUACUUUGUAG